CAUCAAACAAUAAUACAGAAAGUAAAGCAAACAUCGGACAUCCAGAGAGUAAUAUAUAGAUAAGACAGCAUAAGAUAGAGUAAACAGAAGUCAACUUAAGAAAGGUAACAUUCUGAAAACAAGUGAGUUUUGAGCAGCAAUUUAAAUUCAGACAGGUUAUUGGCAAGACAGAGUGAUCUGGGAAGAGAGUAUAAUUUAGAUUUCAUCUUGGUGAUUUGUUUGUUUCCAGUUAGUGAAUCCUGGAGCUCCAUGGGAGCAACAUCGAGGAGCAGAAGACUCUGAGUCCCCUUGGUUCAGGGAAGAGGUCAGCAGGAUGGUGCCACCGCCUCCCACCAACAAGCCACAUGUUUGCUUGUCCACUAUCAUCAUCAUGAGCAGCAUGGCACUGAUGGACGCCUACCUAGUGGAGCAGAACCACGGCCCACGGAAGAUCGGCAUCUGCAUCAUGGUGACGGUGGGAGACCUCUGCUUCCUCAUCGUGCUGCGGUACGUGGCGGUGUGGGUCGGGGCUGAAGUGAGGACGGCAAAACGAGGCUACGCCAUGAUACUUUGGUUCCUUUACAUCUUCGUCUUGGAGAUUAAGGUGUAUUUUGUUUACCAGAACUACAAGGCUGACCGUAAAAGCCUGGAUGCCUUGGCUCGGAAAGCUCUGACACUCCUGCUGUCCAUCAGUAUUCCCGUGCUGUUCGUGAUUCUGGUUGCUAUCGACCACAUGGAGUACGUGAAGGCUUUCAAGAAGAAGGAGGAGAUCAGAAACCGUUUGUUCUGGGUGGUGGUGGAUCUGCUGGAUGUUCUGGACAUCCAGGCCAACCUGUGGGAGCCGCAGAAGAAAGGGCUUCCGCUCUGGGCUGAGGGACUGAUGUUUUUCUACUGUUAUAUUCUUCUUUUAGUGCUGCCUUGCGUGUCUCUGAGUGAGAUCAGCAUGCAAGGCAUCAACAUCAGUCCUCACAAGAUGAUGCUCUACCCCAUUCUGAGUUUGGUGACUAUUAACAUCGUCACUCUCUUCAUCCGUGGAGGGAAUAUGCUCCUCUAUAAGGACAACAGAGUGUCUGGGAUACUCAUGGCCAAGAACAUCCUCGCCAUCGUUCUGAAGACGUGCAGCUUUGUGCAGUACAGGAGACAGUUGCAGAGCGCCCCGCCUGGGUUUGGAGUGGAAUUACAGAAGAACUCUGUGGCGUCGGGUCGAUCCAGUCAGACUCCUCCACAGGGGGCGCUGCAGGAGCAAACGCCACUGCCCGAGGUCACCAGGUGUGAACAUACGUGACCCGGAAUCUGGAGACUACCUGCACAAAGAAACACACAUCUCUGAUGAAACAAUGUGGAUGUAAGCUUUUACAACAUAUUGCUAGCUUCAUUAUUUUCAUCCGAGAGAAAUACAAGUGGAGCAUAAUGGAAUGAAGGUAGUCAGUAAUUGCAUAAUGCUAAACUUCCUUCCUAACAUAUACAUUUACGUUGCAUACUAUGCCAGCUUUCUAAGUAUGUCAUUGGACAAACUCCAAAAUUUUUUAAAUGGUCAUGCUCAU